AUGAAUGGGGAUGUGAUUGGUACACGGAACAACCGAAUCAAGCAACUCAAGGCGGCCGCAUUAUUUUUCGAUGCGACCGAACAGAACCAGACGAUGAUCUGUCCGGAUUGGAAUCGAUUUUCCAAACUGAACGCUUUGCGGAGCACGUUAUCGGCUCACAUACCCUCAACACAUUUGGUCCAUACCCACGUGACCGUGGAAGUGUUAAAUCAAUUGGGCGAUUUGGUGAGUAAGACAACCGACUACUAUGGUCAACUGGAAAUACGAAAAUCAUUGAUAUCCGUUUUGAAGAGGGCUCUCAGUCGGAUGGACGAGGGGAAACAAAGAGAACCGUAUUCAGCCUCUCCAUUGACGCAAUAUUUGACACUGUUUGCACAGCACAUGACACGUCUGUUAAAACAGUGUGUCGUCAGCCUGUGUGAGAUGCGAAAUAAACCUGUCGGUUCACGUAUCGAAUGGACCAUCAAGGACGAGGGUCAGACGCAUUACCGUUUGCUAAUGAACCGAGCCAGUAGUUCCCUGAUAGGUGAGUCACACUGGGUCGCCGCAACACCCGGUACCGGCUUGCCAAAACCGGAAUGGAAAGAUCCUUUGAUGGUGGAGGGACGGAGUAGAGAAUUGAACGUGAUUCGUUCGUACCUGUUCGGGACGGCCAAAACUCCCGGUCUUAUUUUUGGAACACCUGGAUCUGGUCGUUCGAGCAUUCUACGAUGGGCAGUGCAGCGGUUCAUGCGAUCCACGCCGAACACAAGCUCCAAUGAGAGCAAUGAUGUCAAAGAUCAAUCUCCCACUCCUAAGCGCAGUCCAGUUGUGAUUGUCUGCUGUGUCGGUCGAACAUGUCGAUCCAGCUCAUUACAGGCAUUUCUCGUUCGCAUGUUGGAAGAAAUCCUCAUUGAAUACGAAGAAACCGAACAGAGCGGAUUAAAUAUUGGUCUGGGUACUUUGUGUGAAUAUGCGGAGGCCGUAUAUGCUUUCCAACGCGUGCUUACUUUGGUCACCGCAGAAAAGCCACUCCUGAUAGUUUUGGACGACAUUGAUGCUGCCUAUCCACAAGAGCAUAUUGAACAGUUUCGUUGGCUUCCUCAAAAACUCCCAUCUCAGCAUAUUCGUAUGCUAAUGACCACUUGUUCCGAAAGUGUUGUUCAAGGAUUUACCAACCGAUUUGGCACCGGAUGCUGCAUCAAUCUAGCUCCUUGUUUUGAUUCGGUUCGUUUUUCCACCAAUCUUUUACCUCAGUGGAUAAGCAAUCGAGCACAAUCGAAGCAGUGCAAACUGAGCACGAAACAGGAGGAACUGGUAAGUGAGGCGGUUAGUCAGAACAUGAGUCCAUACUAUUUGGACACGAUAGCUGAUAUUAUGGCAGAUAUACAGGACUAUCCGGACGAAGUGGAUAUAUUGCCGGAUCGAUUGUCCGGUGAUUUGUCUGAAUUAUACACCAUUCGGCUCAAACAACUCUAUCGCGUCCGGUUGGGUCGAACAGCGGUUCUUCGUGCUCUGUUUCGAAUGAGUGCAUACAUCGCUUGCUCUCGUAUUGGACUAACUCUUGUCGAACUGCUUGACCUGCUUCAGGCGGAUAAAGAGGUGCAAACUGAAUGUAGACGAGCAGGACCAUCUGGUACUGAAUUGAGUCGUUUCCCUACCGGGUGUCUGCUCGAAUUUCUCCAUCGUCCCGAAUUGGGUUUCGCCAAAUAUUUCAUCGUGAUUCAUACGGAAAGUCGAAGUGUGAUUGCCUUUCGGUCGAGCGCGAUGCGUCGAGGUGCUUUGGGAUUUUGGACAGCAUCCGUGAAAACCGGUAUAAGUGAUGGACCGAAUGAAAACGGAGAUGAUGACCAGACAGCCACGGAAACAGAUUUCGAUCCGAAACAACAACAACAACAACAACAACAACAACAACAACAACAACAACAACAACAGCCCCAAUCACAACCUCAAACACAACAGCAGCAGGCUCGUAGAAAUCAGUCAGGUGUGGCUAAAAUACGACGAUUUCAUAAUACUUUGGCGGAUUAUUGGAAAGGGGUAGUGAUCAGUACAUAUAACUCGGAGGGAACAGUGGAACAUGGAUCUACUUAUGGCACCUCCAACAAUUUCAAUACUCGUUAUUUUUGGGAAUGCUUGCGUGACAUUUCUUUGCCUAAACAGAACCAAGGCAAAUCCACACCGGGUGAGAGUGUCCAACGCAUCUGGUUUUGUCAUUGUCGGCGAUUGACGGAGUUACCCUUUCAAUUACUGCAAUGCGGAUCGGAACGAGUGAAAGAACUGUAUCGAAAUGUACUAUUUUCCAUAGAUUACAUGGUAGGAAAAUUACUCUACACGCAUCAUACAAACGACCUGAUCGCUGAGUUGUAUUACCUAAGACAACUAAACGAAGUUCGGGCUUGUGAUGAAUUGAACUACAUGCUGACUUUGUUGCGAACCCUAACGCAAUGCCUCACUCAGUCACCUUCGUUACUCGGUGUGGAAUUAGCAGGGCGUAUUGGACAUUUGGUCGGUUCGGAUUAUCCCUUAUUGGGACGUGUUCUGCUCUCCAGUAUAGACCAAUCUGCCUCUGAAUACAAUUGUCUAGUACCCCUAAUUACCACAUGCUACACUCCAGUACUCCAUCCGGAACGCCUGACUGUACGCUACACAAAUCCGGACUCGCAAAGCUUGAUCGUCUUAACACCAGAUCAACGGUUCCUAUUUACUCUUAGCCCCACAUUUUCUGAUACCAAUGCAGAAGUGAUACUUACCCUGUGGGACGUGAUCACGUUGACUAAAUCCACUGUGGUCAGUAUCGGUAGUUGGCCCGGUCGUCAUUUUCUAAGCGCACAUUUUCCCGCACAAAUAAAUCAUCUCGUCCUGGUACAAUACUUAAAUGAAGAGACUAGUGAAUAUGGCUAUGUGGUGGUCGAUCUUGACUCAGGCUCCAUUGAUGGUGAAAUUAAGCUACCCAACCAGAUUCGCCCGGAAAUGAUCAGUCUGACACGUAGCAGUGCUUUGAUUGCCGAAUGGGAUCAAAUCCUGGAGACCACCAAACCAGAUAAUGUAAGAAUUGAACCUUGUGCGACGGCCACAGUCUAUUCGCUGAAUACACUUAACCUUCAGACAAAGCACCUCGCGCGAAUUCCCACACCAUGCCAUGUUCUACCACGUGAACGAUUCUGUAUUGGACCGUCUCAUUGGAUCUAUACUGGACAGUCAACCAGCGAGAAAAUGACCAGUUCCUCCAACACAGCCACAAGGGACAAACGAGCAAACUGGUUACAGGUGCGACAAUUUCACACGCCGGGAAAAGUGGCCGCUUGGCUUGACUGCCCCUAUCCGCCUGUGGUGAUACAAAGUAACCUGCCAAGUGAACUGGUUUACGUGGGAUGUUCCCGAUUUGGACAUAUUUGUCGAUUCGAUUUAACUCAGGUCACACAGAAAGGAGUUCGCCGCUUGCCACCCACAUUGGAAUUGAGCUUGGACGUUGGUGUACGUAAACUGUUGUCGCUAGAGGAGGGAAUGGCAAUCACCAAUGUGGUUCCACCGCAACUGGCAUGGGACGUGGAUACAAUCAAGCGUGUCUUACAAUUCAGACAGGUAAUACAAGCUGUACGCAUGUACAUGACUCCGGAUGAUCGAUAUCUGGCUGUGCUAUACCAGGUGACUGACAGUCAGUACGUGAUUGGAAUUUGGCAGUUGACGCAACGUUUGCUAAUAGCCGCAUUACAUGCUCAUCAGAAUAGUCAAAUUCGUUUCGGGAUCGAUGUGACAGGCACGAUACUGCUGCAUUUUCUACCACAUGGUUCAAAUUCCCGAUGGUUAGAAGUGGUUGAACUUGCCGUGAAGCCACAGAUCUCAGCAAAACCUCCUGGUGGUGCGAUCAACGCGAAUUCCACCACUGGUUUGACAAAAGUGCUAGGUUCAACAGCUAUUAGCGGACCUCGAAUUCAACGAUUCACCAUAUUUGAGUCUUCCCUUGCCGACGCAUACCUAGUUCGAGGUGGCAAUCUACUCCUCGUCUCCAACGAAGAACUAACCCUCACUUCAUUGAAAGUUCUGACCGCAUUGACACGUAGUUCCUCCACACCUGAAUCCGAACUGGCCGAAGCGUUUGCGAACAACGCAAAGUAUCACGAUCAGGUUAGCAUCAUCUAUUCAUCCGAUCCCGGUCGAAAUGUGAUUUUCAAUUAUUACAAUCUUGUCACUCAACGUGUUAUUCGAGUGACUGGGGACAAGCGUAGCUCUCCGGAUGAGAAGUGCAACUUAUUUUUCCGUGAGCCACUUUUGGAGGACUAUCCGUUUCAAAGUCACAUGAGUGAUGACGGUCGAUUU